CGCGCGCACGGCCAUGGCGGAGGCCUCCUCGCUGCGGAGGCUGAGCCCUGGCGUGGCCUCUCGCCUCUCCCCCGGCCUGUGCCCCAAGGAGCCUGCCUCGCAGGCAGCAGCAGUGCUGUCCGUGGGCUCUGCCGACCCCCAGUUCAACCUCACGGAGAUCUUGUCACAGAACUACAGCGUCCGCCAGGGCUGUGCCGAGGCCUCCCACUGCGUGGACGAGCCCGCAGAGGAAGUGGACAAGGACGCGGUAUCCCAGGGCAGUGACAUGCCGCUGGAUGAGCUGCUCGCCCUCUAUGGCUAUGAGGCCUCCGACCCCGUGUCAGAGCAGGAGAGCGAGGGCGCUGACGCGGCCCCCCACCUCCUGGACAUGACCCUGGACAAGGAGCAAAUAGCGAAGGAUUUGCUUUCAGGGGAAGAAGAGGAGGAGACGCACUCCUCCGCCGACGACCUCACCCCGUCUGUGACCUCGCACGCGGCCUCCGGGCUUUUCCCUCACCAGGGUGCGUCCCGUUUCCUGGCCAAUGCUGACGACAGAGAGCCUGCCUCCUCUGCCUCUUCAGACUCCGAUGAUGCCCUCCCUGCCAACAAGUGUAAGAAGGAGAUCAUGGUGGGACCACAGUUCCAGGCCGACCUCAGCAGCCUGCACUUGACCCGGCACAGUGACAAGAUCUACGAGAAUGAGGACCAACUGCUCUGGGACCCUGGAGUCCUGCCGGAGACAGAGGUGGAGGAGUUCCUGUACCGGGCGGUGAAGAGGAGGUGGCAGGAGGUGGCCGGGCCUCAGCUCCCUGCCGGGGAGCCAGUGAGGGAUAGCGAGCAGGCGCUGUACGAGCUGGUGAAAUGCAGCUUCAACGUGGAGGAGGCUCUGCGGAGGUUGCGCUUCAACGUGAAGGUGAUCCGAGAGGGCCUGUGUGCCUGGAGCGAGGAGGAGUGCAGAAACUUCGAGCAUGGCUUCCGUGUCCACGGGAAGAACUUCCACCUGAUCCAGGCCAACAAGGUGCGCACCCGGUCGGUGGGGGAGUGUGUGGAAUAUUACUACCUGUGGAAGAAGUCGGAACGGUACGACUACUUUACCCAGCAGACACGCCUGGGCCGGAGGAAGUACGUCCCGUCUGGAACCACGGACCCAGACCAAGACUUGGAUGGCAGUGACCCCGAGGGCCCUGGGCGUCCCCGCCCUGAGCAGGACCCGCUUGGCAGUGCCAAUGUGCACACAGAGCUGGUGAGCGGGGACAGCAGCACGGCCACUGGCCUCCCGUCCCCGGAGCCAGGGCCCUGCUCAUUGCCUCAACUGGAGGAACCCCCAGCUGUGCCCCUGCCCCGGAGGCCUCCAGCCCUGGGCGACACAACUUCGUACCCUGGAGCCGCAGCUGCCCCAGAGCCAGGUGCCAGCCCAAGACUGGCCGUGGACUUCACCCUGCCAGAGGAACUGCCCCUCCGGGCCAGUCACGUCAGCCUGAACGGAGGCCCCGAAGAGGCUGUGGCCCCUGCACAGGUAGCCUUGUCAGUCACCGAUUUUGGACUCCUCGGCAUUGGGGACGUCAACCCCUUCCUGGCUGGCCACCCAGCGUGCCCAGCCCCUGGGCUGCACUCAGAGGCCCUGUCACACUGUAAUGUGAUGACAUGUUGAUGGCUGGCUGCAGGCGGGAGCAGGGCCACGUGGACUCUUGUCAGUCUUGCCAUUGCCAUCUUGGGCUGCGGGCACCGCCUUUUCGGGGGUGAGGUGGUCGAGCAGCAGGCCCUCACCGCCCCCCACCCCCCCAGACUGGACCAGGGUCACAUGGAGCCGGCAGUGCCCACCCGCCAUGGGAUCCAGUGUGAGGCUGGGUGUGUGGCCUGUCCCCUGGGACACGGGCGGAGCCCCCACUGCCCUCUCCAGCCAGCAGAAGAUGGCAUCGGCCCGCACCAGCAGCCCGUGCCCGGCGCAUCUCCCCACCCCAGCCCAGGGCCUGGUGGGCAGCUGCUACUCAGUGCCAAAUGCUGCGGGCACGGAGCCAUAUACCUCGCUGCCCGCCUGCCGCCGUCUCCACUUCAGGAAAAGCUGCACUUUACGCCCCCCUCUGCCUCCCCUCCUCCUCCCAGUUGUGAGGGGUCGGGGUCAGGGUCUGAGGAUGCGGAUGACCCUGCCCGUGCCCUGGCACCGAGGCAGGGAGCUUCGGCAGGUGCACCACCGAGGGCCCAACCAGCCCGCUCUGCCGACCUCAUAGGUCUUCCUUGUGUCGGAAGCUUCCAGCCUCUGUCGUUCUGUUGAUGUUUCUGUUUCUGUUGGAGUGG